AUGUUGACUGUUCAGAAAUGUGCUUACUGCGAUCCUGAUUCUCCAAAGUUUCAGGAUCUAAGUUGGAUAUUACUUUGUCGUUGCAAUGAAAGUAUUGAUGAACCAUUGGAAUGGCGUUGGUGUAAACCGGAAUCUCCACUACAGUCCUUCCAGCUGUCUGAAAAUGAUAAGACUGUUACAUUUCAUCCGACUAUUAGUUGGGGCACAGCUGUUGCACGUGGGACUGCCCUACUAACGAAUGGCCUUCACUAUUGGGAACUUAAAGCUGUAUCUCCACUUUAUGGAACAGAUGUGAUGGUUGGAAUCGGUCGAACAUGUGCAAAACUAGAUCAUUAUUCACAAGAAUUCCGUUCGGUACUUGGUAUUGAUUGUGAUUCGUGGGGAUUAAGUUAUCGUGGUGCACUUAUGCAUGAUGGUCAAACAUAUCCCUUGGGAUCUUGCGCUUUCAAAAAGGGUAGUAUAAUUGGCUGUCUUCUCGAUUUGUGGCAUUUAAAGCUUUACUUCUACGUUGAUGGACAAUUGAAUCCGAAUGCUUGUUUUAAUCUGCCACGUGAUAAUUAUUAUCCAAUGGUAUCUUCAACUACGUUACGAAGUGGUUUUCGUUUGAUUCGUGCAAAAUCUUACCCAAUCACAUUGCAAUAUUUAAUAUGCCAGUAUUUUCUCCACCAGCAACAAAAGCAACCAUCGCUUCAUGCCUGUUUCAAUUUGACCACUUUAAAAUUUCCUGCUGGUCUUCGGGAAAUUUUAAGCAACACUUUACCUCACUCACUAUUCUUCAAUCAAAUCCAACAAUUAUCCUUCAUUUAUAAUGAUGUAAACAAAGCGCCAUCUCUUCUGCCUGUUGACUCAUCUGAUCCUUUCUUAUGGAUUAGUUUUUCUCCAUCUGAUUCAAAUGAUUUAAAAAGUAGUGCAAAGGGCGAUAUGGAUAAAUUUGACAUUGAACCAUGCUCUCCGAAAGAGUUCGAUUUGUAUUCGGAUGAUUUGUUGAAUGAACGUGAGAGAUCAGUAGACAAAGAAGAUGAUAGUUCUGAUGAAAAUCAUCCAACUUGUGAUGGAAUAAAUGAGACUAAUUUUUAUAUAUGUACAACUACUGAAAGCAGUCAAAAAAGACGUUAUCAAGCUGCCAUGUCCGCAAAUUGUGUGUUAGACAGACUAUUUGUUUUGGCUGCAAAAUCUACCAAAAAGGACGAUAAGUCUAGUGAACCAACAUCCCAUCUGAUGCGUAAUAUGAACUCUGUUGUUUAUGACCAUGCACUCUGGGGUGAAUUUGACGAAUAA